AGGUGUUGCCCGCUUCCCCGUGCCCGGCUGCCGGCGCUGUGGGGCGGUCGGUCGGUCGGUUCCUCGGUCGCCAUGCCGUUCGUGGAGCUGGACACCAACCUGGCGGCCGAGCGGCUGCCGCCGGAGCUGCCCCAGAAGCUGUGCGCCGCCACCGCCGCCAUCUUAGGCAAGCCCGCUGAGCGGGUGAACGUGACGGUGCGCAGCGGGCUGCCCAUGGUGGUGGCGGGCUCGGCCGAGCCCUGCGCCCAGCUGCUCGUCUCCUCCAUCGGCGUGGUGGGCUCGGCGCAGCAGAACCAGGGGCACAGCGCCCGCUUCUUCGACUUCCUGACGGCGGAGCUGGGCCUCGGCACCGAGCGGAUUGUCAUUCGCUUUUACCCACUGGAGCCCUGGCAGAUCGGCAAGAACAAGACAGUGAUGACUUUCCUGUGAUCCCUCAAGCAGCCCAUGGGAACAAAGCAAUGAUGAAGACAACCCAGAGGUACCAGACCUGGAGGCACAGAGGAGCUAAGAGUGUGGACGUCUGUGGAAACACAAGGCUGAAGAGUACUUCUGCAUUCCUUCAUAAUUCUGAUAUUUGUUUAUGUCUUGAGGUCUCAAGAUAGUUGAAAAUAUCCUCUCUAAUUACCAUUAGAAGUUAGCUGCUCCCUAUGCAGCUUAAGUAUCUUCUAUGAUUGCAAAAUCUCAUUCAGGGCCACUGGGGGGCCCACACAUCUGAUUAAUAAAAUUUAUCAGAACCUCUUUUGAUAAG